CAUGGCCCGGUGCUGGAAGGGCAGGGAACAACCGAUGUUGCUAUUUUGAAUAGAUUUUUCUUCCCCCCCCCCAUUUUUAUUUUUGCACAGAGAGUCUCAUGUCUAAUAUUUAGACAUGAUGAGCUUUGUGCAAAAAGUAACUUUGCUCAUUCUUGCCGUGUUUCAACCCUCAGUUAUUUUGGCACAACAAGACGUUGUAGGAUGUACCCAUCUUGGGCAGGCUUAUGCUGACAGGGAUGUUUGGAAACCAGAGCCAUGCCAAAUCUGUGUGUGCGACUCGGGAUCUGUUCUCUGCGAUGACAUCAUCUGUGACGAUCAGGAGCUGGACUGUCCCAACCCAGAGAUCCCCUUUGGAGAGUGCUGUCCAGUUUGUCCACAAACAACACCACAACCUACAAGAACUCCUGGAGUAGUCCACCAAGGCCCCAAAGGAGACCCUGGUUCUCCUGGGGUUCCAGGCAGAAACGGUGCCCCUGGCCCUCCAGGACAGCCAGGGAGUCCUGGAGCUCCCGGCCCCCCUGGGAUCUGCCAGUCGUGUCCCAGUAUAAGCGGAGGCAGUUUUUCUCCACAGUAUGACUCCUAUGAUGUGAAGGCCGGUUCAGCUGGUAUUGGUUACCCACAGCCCAUUACUGGCUUUCCAGGACCCCCUGGCCCCAGUGGCCCCCCUGGCCCACCUGGUCAUGCAGGUCCCCCUGGCUCUGCUGGAUACCAAGGUUCCCCCGGAGAACCAGGACAACCUGGCCCUCCUGGACCUCAAGGUCCUGUUGGAAUGAUAGGCCCAGUUGGUCCACCAGGAAAAGAUGGAGAACCAGGAAGACCAGGCAGAAACGGAGACCGUGGAAUACCUGGAUUACCGGGUCACAAGGGACACCCUGGGAUGCCUGGGAUGCCUGGGAUGAAAGGUCAACGAGGUUUUGAUGGAAAAGAUGGUUCCAAAGGUGACAGUGGUGCUCCUGGACCAAAGGGUGAAACUGGUCUUCCUGGAGCAAAUGGAUCACCGGGCCAACCGGGACCAAGAGGUCCAGCUGGUGAAAGAGGAAGACCUGGGAAUCCUGGCGGCCCCGGUACCCAUGGCAAAGACGGAUCUCCAGGAGCAGCAGGUCCACCUGGUCCCCCAGGUCCCCCUGGAACUGCAGGAUUUCCAGGCUCUCCAGGUUUUAAGGGUGAAGCUGGUCCUCCUGGUCCUGCUGGUUCUAGUGGUAGUCCUGGAGAGAGAGGGGAACCUGGUCCUCAGGGUCAUGCUGGGCCACCCGGGCCUCAGGGCCCUCCUGGAAGAGCUGGAAGCCCUGGCAACAAGGGUGAAAUGGGACCUUCUGGUAUUCCCGGUGCUCCUGGUCUGCCAGGAGGCCGCGGUCUUCCUGGUUCUCCGGGUACAAGUGGAAAUCCUGGAGCAAAAGGCACUCCGGGAGAACCUGGUAAGAAUGGUGCAAAGGGAGAUCCAGGCCCAAAAGGCGAGCGUGGUGAAAAUGGCACCCCAGGUGCUCCUGGACCUCCUGGUGAGGAAGGCAAAAGAGGUGCAAAUGGUGAACCCGGCCAGAAUGGCGUACCUGGUACACCCGGAGAAAGGGGCUCCCCUGGUUUCCGUGGCUUACCCGGUAGCAAUGGACUUCCAGGUGAAAAGGGUCCUGCAGGUGAACGUGGUAGCCCAGGUCCUCCUGGCCCAAGUGGACCUGCAGGAGAGCGUGGACAAGAUGGAGGCCCAGGUCUUCCCGGAAUGAGAGGUUUGCCCGGAAUUCCAGGAAGCCCUGGAAGCGAUGGGAAACCUGGCCCUCCGGGCAACCAGGGUGAAUCUGGUCGUUCUGGUCCACCUGGCCCUGCAGGCCCACGUGGUCAACCAGGUGUAAUGGGUUUCCCUGGUCCUAAGGGCAAUGAGGGUGCACCAGGUAAGAAUGGAGAAAGAGGCCCUGGUGGACCACCUGGAACACCUGGUAUUGCUGGGAAGAAUGGUGAUGUUGGCCUCCCGGGUCCUCCUGGACCUACUGGUGCUUCUGGGGAGAGAGGAGAACCAGGACCAGCAGGUCCACCCGGCCUCCAGGGAUUGCCUGGUGGACCAGGACCAGCUGGAGAGAAUGGAAAGCCUGGAGAACCAGGGCCAAAAGGUGAUAUUGGAGGACCCGGAUUCCCAGGCCCUAAGGGUGAAAAUGGUAUCCCAGGUGAACGUGGUGCACAGGGUCCUCCAGGACCUCCUGGAGCAAGAGGUGGGCCAGGUCCUGCUGGCUCAGAAGGUGCCAAGGGCCCUCCUGGACCCCCUGGUGCCUCUGGAGGCACAGGGCUGCCUGGCUUACAGGGAAUGCCAGGAGAAAGAGGAGCUUCUGGAAGUCCUGGACCAAAAGGCGAUAAGGUAACACACCCAUACACAUCCACACGCACGCUCUGCCAAUUUUAUGCUAACUCAGGUAAUGUAGGUCCCAUCGGUCCUCCUGGUCCUGCUGGCCCACCUGGAGAUAAGGGAGAGACUGGUCCAGCAGGUGCCCCAGGUCCAGUGGGUUCCCGUGGUGGUCCUGGUGAACGAGGAGAACAAGGUCUUCCUGGACCUGCUGGCUUCCCUGGAGCUCCAGGCCAAAAUGGGGAACCUGGUGGGAAAGGAGAAAGAGGCCCACCUGGUCUAAGAGGAGAGGCUGGACCCCCUGGAGCUGCAGGUCCACAAGGUGGUCCUGGUGCACCAGGUCCACCUGGCCCCCAAGGAACAAAAGGAGAACGUGGAUCUCCUGGAGGCCCUGGUGCUGCUGGUUUCCCUGGUGCUCGUGGUCUACCUGGUCCCCCUGGUAACAAUGGUAGUCCAGGUCCCGCUGGUAACGCAGGGCCUGCAGGCAAGGAUGGGCCUCCCGGACCCCCGGGUAGCGCUGGUUCUCCUGGCAGUCCAGGACCUGCUGGAACAAGAGGUGAGCCCGGCCCACCAGGUGAAAAAGGGUCACCAGGCACACGAGGAGAAAGGGGGGCACCAGGAGAACCGGGUCCUCAAGGCAUCGUUGGUGGCCGGGGUAACACAGGUUUGCCAGGUCUGCGUGGCCCAAGCGGUCCACCUGGUAUGGCAGGUGCCAAGGGUGAAGAUGGUAAACCAGGUACCAAUGGUGUCCCAGGAGAACGCGGUGGUCCUGGUCCACAAGGUCCUAUUGGACAAAGAGGCUUACCUGGAGAACCUGGCAGAGACGGUAACCCUGGCUCAGAUGGCUUGCCUGGACGUGAUGGAUCCCCAGGAGGCAAAGGUGACCGUGGUGAAAGUGGCUCUCCUGGCCCUCCGGGACCUCCUGGUCACCCCGGACCUGCAGGUAACAACGGUGCACCUGGAAAAGCUGGUGAAAGAGGAUUUCAGGGUCCACCUGGCCCUCCUGGCUCUGCUGGUCCUGCUGGUGCUCGAGGUCCUGCUGGUCCUCAAGGUCCUCGUGGUGAUAAAGGUGAAACUGGUGAAAGAGGCAGCAAUGGCAUAAAGGGUCAUAGAGGAUUUCCUGGUACCCCCGGUCUCCCUGGUCCUCCAGGUCCCCUGGGUCCACAAGGUGCAAUUGGAAGUCCAGGAGCUUCAGGUGCAAGGGGUCCCCCAGGACCAGCUGGGCCGCCUGGAAAAGAUGGUACAAGUGGCUAUCCAGGUCCAAUUGGUCCUCCUGGCCCUCGCGGUAACAGAGGUGAAAGUGGCCCUGCAGGUCCACCAGGCCAGCCUGGUCUUCCUGGUCCUUCUGGUCCUCCUGGUCCAUGUUGUGGUGUUGGUGGUCCUGUGGGUGAAAAAGGUCCAGCGGGCUAUGGGUAUGAAUAUCGAGAUGAGCCAAAAGAAAAUGAUAUCAAUCUGGGUGACAUCAUAUCUUCAAUGAAAUCAAUUAACAACCAGAUUGAAAACAUCAUUAGUCCUGAUGGGUCACGGAAGAAUCCAGCUCGUAACUGCAGAGAUCUGAAAUUCUGCCAUCCUGAGCUCAAGAGUGGAGAGUACUGGAUUGAUCCUAACCAAGGCUGCAAGAUGGAUGCUAUAAAAGUAUACUGUAAUAUGGAAACUGGUGAGACAUGCCUCAAUGCUAAUCCCAGCACUGUGCCAAGGAAAAACUGGUGGACCAGUGAAAGCAGUGGAAGGAAACACGUUUGGUUUGGAGAAUCUAUGAAUGGAGGCUUCCAGUUCAGCUAUGGAGAUCCUGAGCUUCCAGAGGAUGUCUCGGAAGUUCAGCUGGCCUUCCUCCGCAUCCUCUCAAGCCGUGCCUCCCAGAACAUCACCUACCACUGCAAGAACAGCAUUGCCUACAUGGAUCAAGCCAGUGGAAAUGUUAAAAAAGCUCUGAAACUGAUGAGCUCUAUGGAAAGUGAGAUCAAGGCUGAAGGAAACAGCAAAUUCACAUAUGCUGUUCUGGAAGAUGGCUGUACUAAACACACUGGUGAAUGGGGUAAAACAGUCUUUGAAUACAGAACGCGCAAGACAAUGAGGUUGCCGGUGGUUGAUAUUGCACCCAUAGAUAUUGGUGGUCCUGAUCAGGAAUUUGGCGUGGACAUUGGCCCGGUCUGCUUCUUAUAAAUCAAAGAUCCUGCUCUUUCUGAAACCCCAGCAAACAGAUUCACACUCCAACUGUGCUCCUUUGUUUUAGCCUUGUCAGCUAGUACAGGUGACCAUCUGUAUCCCAGUUAUUUAUUAACAAAAUUUCUGGGGGAAAAAUCAAUUUGAUAUCAAGGGUUAUUUUUUUCGCUAUUACACAAAGUACAGUAAAAAUGCUUUUUUGCUCUAUUUUUUUUACCAAAUUCCAUCUUCAAAACAUGUCUCCGUGGUGCUAUAUACAACUUCAACACUUAAUAAAACAACACUGUGUUCUAUUAGUUGAAUGUUAGCCAAUUUACAAAGCACUGAUUGCUCCCAGUAUCAAAGUUUACCCUUCUUUCUAAGAUACAGUCCAUAAAGCUAGAAAGACCUCCCUGUUUCAACUACCUCAACAUGGACAGAAACUGGGAUGUGUCUGAUGAGUCAAACCAAAAAUCAAUCAAAGAAAUCAAUCAAAACACAUUGGACCCAUUGGUCAAUUCAGUGGAAUAAUUUGGUACAAAAUUGUCUAUUUCUGUACUGAUUAGCUGUGAAAAAGUACAGUGUAUUUUAAGAGUUUAAUACCUUAAUGUCAGUAGUCACCAUAAUUUUAUUGUUGGAUUGUAUUCUGUUAUCAAAGGUGCUUCUCUACUUUCCUGUCAUUGCUGGUCAAGACCACUAAAAUUAGGGAAGUGUAAAAGACUAAUAUGAUGGUGCUAAUGUAUUUUUCACUCCUAACUCUGCAAGUCAGGGUUAUUGACUUGCUAAAAAAAAAAAAAAGUAAAGGAUUUAAAGCAAUUGUAAAUGUCUCCUGUCAAAGAUCGUCAUUGGCAUGUCAUAGUCGAGAACUUUCUCCCUUCACUCUGUAAAAGUCAAUAAAGAUGCAAAAUUGUGAACUACUUCUGUCACGUUAACACAUUUAUAGUGUUGAAGGUUAACCAUCUUUGUAAGCUUUUAUAUGGUUGUUGGUCUAUUCCUUACAGAGACACAUAAUAAAAUAUCUUAAUAAAACUCCUUGUUGUUUCAUAAAA